AUGUACCGUGCGACACCCACCAGCAACACAGUCCCAAGCCCAAAGCACCACCGCAAAACCAACGACACCAACACCAAUCACCCACCCCAACACACCACAAAACACCUAAUAAAGAAAAAAAAAACCCCCACACCCACCCCACCCACCAACACCAACCCAAACACACCACACAGCUUCACACCCAACCCACAACACCCACAAACCCACAUAACCACACCCCCCUCCCGCCACAGACAGAAUCACACCACCUCCCCACGAAUAUUUUUCCGAAAAAAAAACACCAACCACCCCCCACUCCAGCUACAAAAACCAAAAAAACCCAACACACCCCCACCACAAACAAAACCAAAACAACCCACAACCCCCCAACAACAAACAAACCGAGACAACAACGCACACCAAACAAACAAAAACAACCACAAACGCAAACGAAACAAAAGAAAACAACAUACCCCACAAACACCCCAACACACAAACACCAACCAACCAAAAAAAAACUACAAACAACAACACCCCACCACCUACAAACAACACCCUCCUACGAAACUAUAUGUGUAG